AUGGCAAACAACUUCUUUUUUAAUGGAGAGGUUCUUUAUAAAAGGACACCCGAUUUGGGAUUACUGAGAUGUGUGGAUGCUGCAGAAGCCACAAAAUUGCUUGAAGAAGUGCACGUUGGAGUACACGGAGAUCUGAUCAAAAUACCACCCCACGAGCUCAAUACGAUAAGUUCUCCUUGGCCAUUUGCAGCUUGGGGGAUGGAUGUUAUUGGACCAAUUGAGUCGGCUUCCUCAAAUGGCCAUAGGUUCAUUUUGGUCGCCAUUGAUUACUUCACAAAAUGGGUCGAAGUUGCUUCCUACAAAGCUGUGACAAAGAAAGUUGUGGCCGAUUUUGUUCGCAGCAAUUUGAUAUGUCGUUUUGGAGUUCCAGAGUCUAUCAUCACAGAAAAUGGAACAAAUUUGAAUAGCCACUUGAUGAAAGAGAUAUGUGAACAAUUCAAAAUUACCCACUACAAUUCAACUGCAUAUCGCCCGCAGAUGAAUGGAGUUGUAGAAGCUGCUAAUAAGAACAUCAAGAUGAUACUGAGAAAGAUGAUUGACAACUACAAAUACGGAACAGAAGCAGAGAUACCAGCUGAAGUAGAGAUACCAUCUUUAAGGAUUAUUCAGGAAGCUGGAUUGAGCGAUAUCGAAUGGGUUUGUGACCGAUAUAAGCAAUUGGCAUUGAUUGAUGAGAAAAGAAUGAGUGUUGUUUGUCAUGGCCAGUUAUAUCAACAGAGAAUGACUCGUGCUUUCAAUAAGAAAGUAAGAGUUCGAACAUUUAAGGGUAUAAAAUGA